AUGGUGCUCCACGGCCUCCUCCCGAAGCCCCUCCCAUCCAACGAUGUGGUCGUAGGCCAGCUCCUCACGCAUCCUCUUCACCCCGAACGGGACGGUUUCUACUCGCAGCAAGCCCACGAAGCUGUCGAUGAGCUCAACGACUAUCACAUUCAGCUGCGUUACAAGGAUGUCUUCUCCGUCGACAAUGAGGGCCGUUUCAUGUCUAGUUAUGGCACCAAGUACGAGCUUGGCCGUAUCUACAGGCAGCCCAAUCUCCUGACGGUGUCGGCCGAGCAGAUGAUCCAGCGUACGAGCCAGCGUCCUCUCGAUGCCUUCCAUGCCGUGUGUAACGACCCCGAGGCGCAGCGGUGGAUAUACAACCUGGCCAAGCAGCAGCAGGAAUUCUACGUGGUGGUGGGCAUCACGGAGCUACAUAAGGCAGUUUUUAAGCGGGCAAAGCUGCGGGAUGCAGGCGCUUCCAGGAGUCUGAAUGAAGCACCCAUUGAGAAAGACGCGAGGGUGCCCCGCGCCCUGUCGCGGAGGAACUCCACGCUGGGUGGACUGGGCAGUGAGCCGUCCAUCUCUGGCGUCUUCGGCAUGGAUAUUCGACGUUGCAUGGCCCGCACGACGACCCCGGCAGAACCACACAAACUCGAGGAUAUAAGCUAUCACUGGUUCUACUACGACAUCGCGGGCAGCGCGAACAAGGAGCAGUUGAUUGUCGGACUGGGAGACCCUCUGAAGGCCAACGAGCUGCGUCUCAUGCUGGACUUGAACGAAGAAAAUGUUCAAGGAAACCUGGACGCCAUCAGUCAGCUCAGUUUGGAUGCAUUGAGCACGGCGGCCAGCCCCAUGCUCAAGCCCAGCUCUCCUGCGCUUAGAGGCCGAUCACCCUCCCCUCACCCACAGCUCAAGGGUCUGGCCUGA